AUGGUAAAUUGGCUUGUCAAAUCCUUCUGGCAUUCCGAGUCCUUCCUUCCAACAUUCCAAGUUCUUCCUUCCGACAUUCCGAGUCCUUCCUUCCGACAUUCCAAGUUCUUCCAUCCGACAAGAAAAAAAUUUCCCAACAACUGGAAAAAAAUUUCCCGACAACUGGAAAAAAAUUUCCUGUUGUUCGUCCGUAAACCAUUCAAAUUUUCGAAAAUUGAGAACUUUUUGGCCGACCUUCAGAAAAAGUUUUUCCUUCCAACAGAAAAAAUUUUUCCCGACAACUGGAAAAAAUUUUCCCGACAACUGGAAAAGUUCUUCCUUCCGACAGGACACAAACGAAUGUCCGACGUACCACCAACCGACAGCCCCAAAGCCAGAAGAACCGACAGACCCAGCACCACAACAGACUAA